AUGUCUGCCUUAACAAGAAAUUCAUCUAAUCCACCACCAUACUUCUAUGAUUUAAAUCCACAACAACAAAAGAAUUGGAUGAAAACUACUCGUCGAAUGGAAAAAAACGAAGAACUACGGGCAGAAUAUCCGCCUUUUCAAUCACCAUCAAAUUUUACAAUUAUUCCUCUUCACCAUUAUUCAUCAAUCGAAACAGAAGCUUCUGCAGUCAUUCGAUUAGGAUUCAAUAAUGUUAAAUUUGUAUCUAUAGAAGUUGAACAUAAACAUCUUGAAUUAAAACAACAACAUGAACUAUUUGAAAAAUUAAAAAUUGAUUAUGAACAUCAACAUUUUUAUUUAAUUGAACGUGAGGAAAAUAUUCGUUUACUUAAAAUUGAAUUAGAACAACAUGAAAAAUUAAAAGCAAAUCUUUUUAAAGAAUAUGAAAAUCAAACAAAUCAAUUAGAAAAUAAUUUAGAACAACAAAAAUUAUUAUUAUUAAAUGCAACACAAGAUCAAGAUGAAAUUUUUUCAUUAAAAUUAAAACAACAACAUGAAUUAAAUAAUUAUUAUGAAACAAGUGAACGAACUAUUAAUUUAUUAGAACAAAAUUUACGUAUUGCUAAACAUGAUUUAGAUAUUGCAAAACAAGAUCAUGAUACACUUCAAGAUGAAAUUAAUGAUUAUAAAAUUCGAGCACAACGUGUUCUUAAACAACAUCAAUUAAAUCAACGUGAACGUACACCAUCAUUAGCAAAUAAACAAAUCGAAUAA